UCGCGGACAAGUGGUGUCUGUUGGCCACACGAGGUUUACCAUUACCAAAGCCACUCUCUUUCCUCUUUGUUCGUGGUGUUCCUUUUCCUCUUCUCUCUCUCCUCUCCAUGCCUAUGCAUAUUCACUACUUUGGUCUUGUAACUCUGCCAAUUCCAACACUUUUUAGGAUCAUUCUUCUUGGUGUUUUGAGUAAUUUUGUCUUUUUUGGAGAUUAACUAAGGAUAGACAUUGAGAGAACUAUGGAUACUUUGCUCAAAACACCUAACAAGCUUGAAUUCUUGCACCCACUACACGGUUAUUCUGAAAAGCUCGGAACUUUAGCCCCUUCUAAGUUGCAAUUUGGAUUUGGUUCUAAGAAGCAGCCACUUGUGAAGUGGGGUAAGUGCGGUGGUGGUGGUGGUGGUUUGAGGGCUAGUAGCAGUGCCCUUCUUGAACUUGUUCCUGAGAUCAAGAAAGAGAAUCUUGAUUUUGAGCUUCCCUUGUAUGAUUCCUCAAAGGGUGCUGUGGUGGACCUUGCUGUUGUGGGAGGAGGACCGGCAGGGCUCGCCGUGGCGCAGCAGGUUUCUGAGGCAGGGCUCUCUGUUUGUGCCAUUGACCCUAACCCUAGGUUGAUUUGGCCCAACAAUUACGGCGUUUGGGUCGAUGAAUUCGAGGCCAUGGACUUGCUUGAUUGCCUUGACACCACUUGGUCUGGUGCUGUUGUCUACAUUGAUGACAACAAGAAGAAGGAUCUUGAUAGGCCUUAUGGCAGGGUCAAUAGGAAGCAAUUGAAGUCAAAGAUGAUGCAGAAAUGCAUAUCAAAUGGUGUUAAGUUCCACCAAGCUAAAGUCAUCAAGGUUAUUCAUGAGGAUGCCAAAUCUUUGUUGAUUUGUAAUGAUGGUGUCACGGUUCAGGCUACCGUGGUUCUUGAUGCAACUGGCUUUUCCAGAUGCCUUGUUCAGUAUGAUAAACCUUAUAAUCCCGGUUACCAGGUUGCUUAUGGAAUCUUGGCUGAGGUUGAUGAACAUCCAUUUGAUGUGGAUAAAAUGCUUUUCAUGGAUUGGAGAGAUUCCCAUCUGGAUGGGGACAUGGUGCUGAAGGAAAGGAAUAGCAGAAUUCCCACCUUCCUAUAUGCCAUGCCCUUUUCAUCCAAUCGGAUAUUUCUUGAAGAAACCUCUCUUGUUGCGCGGCCAGGGUUACGUAUGGAUGAUAUACAGGAAAGAAUGGUUGCAAGGUUGAAACACUUGGGAAUUAGAGUGAAGAGCAUUGAAGAAGAUGAGCACUGUGUCAUUCCCAUGGGUGGUCCCCUCCCAGUUCUCCCCCAAAGAGUUGUUGGAAUCGGCGGGACUGCAGGGAUGGUGCAUCCUUCAACUGGGUAUAUGGUAGCAAGGACUCUCGCCGCAGCUCCCAUUGUUGCUAAUGCCAUUGUGCAAAGUCUUGGUUCCGACAGAGGUCUUUUGGGAGCCGAUAUAUCCUCCCGAGUGUGGAAAGAUUUAUGGCCGAUCCAGAGGCGGCGGCAGAGGGAGUUCUUCUGCUUUGGUAUGGACAUCUUGCUCAAGCUUGAUUUACCAGGAACAAGGAGAUUUUUCGAUGCAUUUUUCGAUCUAGAACCUCGUUACUGGCAUGGAUUCUUGUCAUCGAGAUUGUUUCUCCCUGAACUCUUUUUUUUUGGGCUCUCUCUAUUUUCCUAUGCUUCCAAUACAUCUAGAUUAGAGAUUAUGGCAAAGGGGACUCUUCCUUUGGCAAACAUGAUCAACAACUUGUUAAAAGAUACAGAAUAAGAUGACUUUCUACUAAUCUGUUGUAUCCUGCAGAUGUUGUAUACUACUUCCGCCUAUAGUUUACGUCUGAUUUUAUAAAUUUAUAAUAA